CUGCCAGGGGCAGGGACACCUUCCACAAGAGCUGGCUGCUCAUAAGCCUCAUCCAGGCUGGCCUUGAACACUGGCGGUGGUGGGGCAUCCACAGCUUCUCUGGGCAACCUGUGCCAGCGCCUCGCCAACCCCAGAAUAAAGAAUUUCCUGCCUUUCUAAGUACCUUAAAUUUCCACUCUUUCAGUUUGAGCCCAAGGCAUUUGCAAUGUGCCCAGUGUGUGCAAAAGUGAGACCUGAGUGUGGGCCUGCUGGGGUGGGUGGCUAAAGUGACUGCGCUGCAGUGGUGCUUGGGCUGUCUUGUUAUGUAGAAGCUUUUUUUUUAAAACCACUUUUUUCUAGGAUUGUGUUUUUAGACAAUGGUCUGAAGAAUGAUGCUGUUUGGUCCACGGGUGGCUAAAGCAUUAGCCAAAGGAAGUAUUCAUCAUUAAGUAACAUGUCUUCCACCAAACCUCCAAAUGAGAAUGAAACACCCAAAGAGAGAAAACCAGGACUGAGGAGUGUUCGGACAACUAUGCUUUUCCGAGCUGUGAACCCAGAGCUUUUCAUCAAACCUAACAAACCCGUGAUGGCAUUUGGACUGAUAGCAAUCAGCCUCUGUGUGGCCUACCUGGGUUAUUUGCAUGCAACAGCAGAGAAUAAAAAGGACCUGUACGAAGCAAUCGACAGUGAGGGGUCCAGGUAUAUGAGGAGGAAAACUUCCAAGUGGGACUGAAAAUGUAAGAAAGGAAAUCAGUAAAUCAUGCACAAAACUUUUCAAGACAGCUACUGUUUUUUCUCUUUCCCUUGAAAUAAUGGAUAAAUGUCUCUCUUGCUGUUUAAUCCGAUUCAAGUUCCUUUAUAAAAUGCUGUGCCUGUACAAAUAAACUGCAGUAAGGAUAUGAAAAUAAAAGUGAUUUUAAGAAUUGCCCUCUGUGAUCUCCAGAGAGAUCAUUGUCAGAAGACAUGAAAUCACUUUGGACCUGCAGUUAGUACUGGUAAAUGCCUUAGAAAUGGGCACGAUAGUUCAGCUUUCUCUUUGCUUUGUUUAAGUGAAGUCAGGGAUAUGUCUUUUUUUUUAACAGAAAGAAUAAUGUAUUGUCUAUGAAGAGAAGAGUAGAUGUCUUAAUCUGUUGAUAACAGUGGUGCAAGUAAACUAAUUUUAAGGCAAGGAAGAUCUGAUAAAGCAAUUGAGGAAGGAUUUUAUUUAAUAAAGGAAACUGUAAAAUACUGGCCAAAAUAAUCCUUGGAUGCUUAAUAUACUCUUCCUUGCAAACCAAAAAAAAGGUAAAUCAGUAGCCAAAUUGAGGAGAAAAAGUGAAACAACUGCUUCUGUUAAGAGAAAGAUUUGAAGAACUCAGCCAUUAUCUUUCCUGUUUGGCAUCAUGUAAGAGGUCAGUGAGUGUGCUGGCAUCAGCCUGCCAGUUGAUAGCUUUAGCUCCAGAUUGACCAGAGUUUGUGUAAUAACUCUUGAUUAGUCAGCAGGACUAGUUUUACUCCAUCUGCAUUCAAAAAUUAAAUUUCUCUCUAUUGCAAAGUC